AUGUCGAGUCUGGUGCAUCACUUUUUUAAUGUAAAGGGGGGCGUAACCGAGAGGACGGCUCCCUCAAGCAGUGGUGGAGCAACCGAGACAUUUGCUAAUUUGCACGUGGCCGUGGUGGGGUGUUGCCACGGAGAACUCGAUAAAAUAUAUCUAGCGUGCUCCGACCACGAGGUUUCAUCGGGGAAAAAGAUUGAUUUUGUCAUCUGUGCUGGCGAUUUCCAAGCCCUCCGCAGAGAGGAGGACUUGAAGUGUAUGGCUGUGCCGGAGAAGUAUCGCUCUCUCGGCGACUUUGUAAAGUACUAUCAGGGCGAAAAGCGGGCACCGUACCUUACAUUGUUCGUUGGCGGAAACCACGAGUGCUCCGAUUGGCUCGCCGAAGAGUCGUACGGUGGCUUCCUCGCACCCAACAUUUAUUAUUUAGGUCACUCAGGAGUUGUUGUUGUUGAUGGUUGCAUUACGGUUGCAGGCAUAAGUGGGAUUUUCAAGGCCCAUGACUACGUGCGGCCUUAUCCCAACCGGCCGUUUCAUGUCUCUGAGGCCUCAAAGCGCUCCGCCUACCACGUGCGCCGCAUUGAGGUAGAAAAAUUAAGGGCUUUUGUGCGUGCCCUUCGGCACAUGCAGCAGUGGGGCCGGAAAUGGGGUGCACAGUCAGUAUCACCGUUGGCUACAGCUGCGAACAUCGCGAAUCCGGCACAGAAAGUAUCUCAGGAUGGGGGAAAUGACACUACCAACUCCCAUAUUACCCUCCCUCCUGUUGACAUAUUUGUUUCCCACGACUGGCCUACUGGUGUAACAAAAUACGGUGAUGAAGAACAAUUACUCCGAUAUAAGCCGUACUUCAGGGAAGAUAUACGACACGGUGUCCUGGGCAAUCCGCACACUGUGAAGCUGCUGCAGGAUAUAAAACCGCGGUACUGGAUAGCUGCCCAUUUACACUGCCGAUUUGAGGCUACCGUCCCACAUGAGAACACGAGCGGCAAAUGCACCACUGCAGGUACCACUUCCCCGGUGGCGACCCAGCAGAAAACGAAAUUUCUCGCACUGGACAAACCUGCUAAGGGUAAGGGGUUUAUCGACUUUAUUGAUGUUCCAGGGGAACGCGGUGCUGUGGGGCGGAAAAGUGAUGUGGAUCGAGUUGUUCACCAUCCUCUGUGGUUGAGGGUGUUGAGGGAAUCACACAACUACUUAUCAGCAAACGACGAUAGUUGGUCGUCUGAAACGUGCAACUUCCUACAAAGUUCCGAGGAGGAGCCGAUAAGUACCGAAGUCUCGAUACCAGCCCAUAGCACAAAACAGUUACUGCAAUCGCUAGGACUCCCACCCUCUCCAAUCCAGCAGGCCCAACCACAGUCAACAAUUGCGGUCGUAGCAGGGGGGGGUUCUGGACAUCAUCGUCCGGUGACGGGCAGUGGGCAUGCGAAACUGGACGAUAAGGCGGGAGCGCCGGAUGCCAACUGCUCAUCGGUAGCAACGAGGCCGGCUGAUUGGAACGGCGCUCGCACUGAAGAUGGUGUUGACGCUGGGAACGAUUUGCCGUGGGUGGAGGAUGCCGUAGGGGAUGUGUGA